GCCUGCAGGAAAUUGAAACCGGAGCCGGGCGCGUGCGAGCUGAGAGCGGAGGUGUAGACGCGGCACCGCUGCGGGAGUCUGCGGGUCGGGACGAGCCCGAGAGAUGCCGAGACCGUGAGAAGGAGAACGGAGUUCGGGCAGGCGACGCGCGGUCCGAGGCGGAGAGUUGGGAUGGCCGAGGGUCGGCUCCGGGCCCCGCACCCGGGUCCUCAAGUAGGAGCUGCCGGUUGCUGGGGGAAAUGCCAGAGGAGAAGUGGCGCAGCAGGGAAGCGGCCCUUUUCAGGAAAGUCCUUUUACUUGGACCUGCCUGCCGGCAGCACUCUCCAGUUUUUGACGGGGACCAUCCAGCAGCUGGGUGGGGUAAUUGAGGGUUUUCUGAGCAAAGAGGUAACUUACAUGGUGUCCAGCCGCCUGGAGGCAAAGUCAGAGAGCCGCAGGGUGAGCCCCAGGAACUGCCCCAGCCCUGGGGAGGCCAGAGUGGAGACCCCCUCGUCCAGGGCUCCCCCAAAAGGCAGCCCCACCAGGCCUGUACUGAGACCUCCCAGCUCGGCACCCCUGAGCAGAGGGAAGGAGCUGCUGAGAAAGGCCAUCAGGAGCCAGGGGAGCAGCUGCAGCCCCGUGAGCCAGGCCCGCGCGUGGGGCGUCAGGAUCCUGCACGUGGACGAGAUGAUGGCGCGUGUGCAGCGGCUCCCCCUGGACGUGCUCUGCGGGGUGAGGCGGGGGCCAAGGAAGCGCCAGGGAAGCUGCCCAGCCGCGGAGUCCAGAACGCGGAAAGUGGCCCGGCUGCAGGCGCCCUUCCUCAAGGUCGAAGAUGAGAGCAGGAACUUCCGUCCUUGCCAGCAUCAGUUUAAGACCUUUCCCGAACUCUCUUUCCUGGGACCCAAAGAUGCAAGUCCCUUUGAGGCAUUGCUGUUUGCAGGCGGCUCGCACCCAGCCAGAGAGCCCUGGGAUGCAGAGACCAGCCCCCGCUCGGGCGCCCGGAGGAGGACGGGCUACUGUGAGUGCUGCCAGCAGGCCUUUGAGGAGCUCCACGGGCAUCUGCAGAGCGCCCGGCACCUGCACUUUGCCUGGGGUGCCCAGUCCUACGCAGAGGUGGACGGGAUCAUCGCCCAGCUCAGCCCCGGCCUUGCGGACAUCCGGGCCCGGGCCCACCUGCCCAGGCGGCCUGGCUCCCCGCCUCGGGACUCUCACCCCCUGGGAUCGGAGACCGUUCCUCACAGCCAGGCCCCCGGCCUCGGGGCCACCUGUCCCAGGAUGGAGGAACCAGAUGAGCAGUCGGCCCCCGGGGCCCAGGAGUGGACUCAAGGCCACCUGCAGGCACCCCCUGAGCCUGUGGGCACUGGAGAGACCCUCGCAUUAGGAUCCAGCUGCCAGGGCUGGGCCUGUGGGUCUGUGGGCCCCCUGGGGUCCCCGGAGCCCAGCCCUGGCUUUGUGGGUUGCUCCUCUGGCCCAGCCCCGGCACCGACAGGACACGAGCAGAGGGUCUGGUCCCCCAGCAGUGACACUGCACAGAGACUCACCAUGAGCCCUCCGUCCCGCCUGCCCCCGGCCCCGGUGGCCCCGGGACAGCACAGGGCAAACCCCCGUCCCUUCUUCCCCUGUACCCCUACCUGUGCGUGCCCCGCCCCCAGACCAGCCUCUCCCUGCCGGGACCCCUCCUCUGGCAGCCCACAGGUGGGCGGGCCAAGCUCCGGACCUCACCAGCCCCCUGGCCAGGAGGGGUCUGAGUGCCCCAGUUCCUGAGAGUCCCCGGAGUUCCCAGUUCAUCCCCAGGCCCUACACACGGGCGAAGGUCACCCAUCUGCGGAGCGCGGCCCCGACAGCAGCACCCUGGGCCUCCAGCACACAACCAGAAGGUGCCCAGCAGGAUCCAGCGGAGCUGUGGGGGUCCAUGCCAGCCCUCCCGCCGCCCAUCUGCCCCAGGACCAGAGCUGGGCACAGCCCCGCCUUCCUGGCUCUGCCUGCCUCGACGACGGCCUGCGGUGGGCAGCUGCCCCUUGCCAGGAGGGAGACCGGGUUGGCUUCGGAGCCGGCCUGGCUUCCGGUGCCCGCCCCCCAGCAGGCACCCACCCCCAGCCCUGGCCUCCUUUGCCACCAGCCUGCGGCUCCUGAGAGCCUGGGCGCGGCCCCUCCCCCCACCCCCCACGCUGCGCACACAGAUCUGGGAACAGACGAAGCAGAGGAGGGGCGGCUGCUGCGGCGUCCCGCCCCCGCCGGGCUUUGGGGGCCGCGCUGACCCGGCCCCCUCCGGGGAUUCCUCAGCCCUGCUCUGCCCAGCGGCCCCAGUCGCCCCGUCUUGAGCUGAGCCUUGGGGCCCUCCUGCUCACCUGCCAACUUGGGCCUCCCCGCCCCUCCCCUUGCCUCCCCCUCCCCAAAGGCCGCCCCCUCCCCCCUUUCUUUCAGCCAAGCCAUUAAUCUGGAGACAAAGAUGGGUUUGCUAUUGAUUCUUGAGCCACUUUUUUCUUCUUUUUUUUUUUUUAAUUCAGCCCUG